GUGUGGGGUUCUCAAUUAACCUCUGACUAUACGGUCUGCACGCGCAUACAUUCGCGGCACUGCAGAGCGCAUCAGAGCGCUAUCAGCGUUCAGUAUUGUACGAUGCGUCCCGGUGACCUUUUGAACGCUGCUUCUUAUGUGGAGCCCCAAUAUGUCUUUCCGUCUGAUAUGACAACCGGUACUUCAGACGAAGCCGACACAUCAAGCUUCACUUCACCUGUCACCCCUCACUCUGAUUUGGAGCCCGAACGAUUCCCUCGUCUUUCCAACCAGCCACUCAAUCAUCAACAUCAGUACGACCCAGACUAUUUCAUAGACCCUUCUCUGCGCUUCGAGUCUCGGGAUGACGUCUCUUCAAAGAAACGAAAGGUUGAGGCACUGCGAACAUACCCAGAGGCAUCCACAUUGUCUUCUCACAUCCAUAUCGAAGACCGUGGCCGCUCUCAGUUUCGUUCACGAUCGCCUGUAAAGGCAAAAAAAUCGAAACGAUCAGAUGAGCCUGCAGUGAACAAGCAAUCUCAAGUCCUUCAGAGGUUAAAGCAAAUGCAACAACGCUCCAGAACCCCAGCGACGCAAAAUCCCACAGCAAGCACAUGUCCAAGUUCCGUGAUGCCACCCCCAUCAGAGCAUCGAGCUUUCUCGUCUAAGCCAGCUUUGCAUUUGAAACCAGCUGCACCCUUGGCACCUCGUUCUGCUCCAUUGUCCCAUCCACCAGCAGCCGCAGUGGUGGGCCGCACCACUGCACCGAAACCAGUCCCCUCAGCACGCCCCUUCCUCACAGACAAAGGCCUGCCCUCAAAGGCUUCAAAGUCGAAGCCAAUGAACGGCACUACCAACCUAAUGCAGCCUGUUGGGUUUGCAACACCCCGCAACCCAAAUCCUACAACGUCUUUGCAGCAGAUGGCUAAAGUUUCACGCACCCCCCCUGCUCGCGAGGAUGACACCGACGAUGACUUGCUCGAGUCACGUACCCUGCUUGGACCAGCCAAGGGACCGAGCCAGAAGGAACGAGCCUCUGCUCAUUCCAAGACUCAGCUCCAAGCGAGUCGCCAACACAAUUAUAUUGAGAGCUCGCAGUCAGAGAUAUUACGACUUCGCAAAGAGCAAGCCAGGCUCUCAGAUCACCAUGCUGCAACAACAACGCGGCUCGAGGGAGAGAUCGAAAGCCUCAUCAAGCGCAUUGAGGCCCUUGAGAUACGUGAACCCACAGCACUUGUUGCCACUGGUGUUCGGAACAACGCAAUGAAUAGUGCCAUCCGUCAAGUGCUGUUCAAGAUGAUGGGCAUCGAGUUUAAUGAAGCUCUUCCUGACCCUAUGGAUGGGAAGGAUACCUACUGGACGGAAAUCGAUUUCCUCGAGGUCGAUGGAACAACGACAGCGACGUCUGUUCUUCGACCAAAAUGGGCCGACUCAUGGACCCAUAAUUCCAAGUGGCACAAAUCCUUCUUUGAGCGGUUCCGUCGAGACGCGAGCAACUAUGAACCAACUCUCUCGCAGGACACAGUCAAAGGCAUACCCGAUAAGACAUUGCGGAGUGUUGCUGGUAAAGUAUUCAAGACGUUAAAGGAGGGCUAUAAGGAGGGAAAUAGGCCAAUUGGACUUCAGUCUCUGAAUGUCGCCAUUGCUCGUCGCGAGAAGCGCCAAAUUGACAAAUCUAAACUUGCUAUUGAGGCUCGCAAAAAUAUCCCAGACAUCGGGGACCAGGAGUACGACUUCGCUUUUGCACCAAAAUGGCAGUCGACAGAUUAUAGUGCCUCCGACGCUUCACACCAGAGUUCAAGUGACGAGGUCGACAUUGUCGUUAACAAGAGACGCAAAGCUUACAAGAAACCAAAGAAGGAGGACAUCUUCACGACCCAUCCUCCAGUGUGGCGUUCAAAGGAUUAUCGUGCUCUUUCUCAGCUGAUCAAGGACGAAGUUGAAAAGAUUGUUGCAGAGAGGGAGGCUGAUAAGAAGAACUGGAUGAAGAAACGAGUACCGCGGAUUCAAGGUCAACCUCGGACGGCAAACUCUUUGCCACAACACAACACCCUCAAGACUCCACGAUGGGCAGUCUCGACACGAUGGCUCAAGAGCCUGAUGCGAGAGGACCGCGAACAGCAGGAGGCACUUAUGACCGACAAUCACGAUGCAGAUAUAUCAUACUCCGAAAGCUCGUCAGCCGAGUCAGUUUAGGUUACUCGCAUUCAUGGACUAGAUCAGGUUUGCUACAUUUUGGACUCGGAAUUGCUCGUCUCGUUAUCAUUAUACUACCAUAGAUUUCUUUGUAACAGCAUCCAAGAAUUGAUCAACUCUCACAAGGCUCACUCAUGAGGCCCAUUGUCACUGC